AUGGCGCAGGAGGGGACGGGGCUACCGCCGCCCGUGGGCGCGGAGCCGGGGAGCCGGAGCCAGGCGGGGGCAGCCGGCGGCAGCGCCGGGCGGGCGGAGCCGGAGCGCGCUGCGGGGCUGGCCGGGGAGAGCUGCCCGGAGCACGGGCUGGAGCUGGGCUGGUUCUGCGCCGCUCACCGCCGGCUGGUCUGCGCCCAGUGCGCCAGGCUGGGCGGCUGCCGCGGCCACCGCGUGACGGCGCUGGAGGAGAAGGCUGCGGACCUGCGGAAUAAAAUUGUGGAUCAGUGUGAGAAGCUCCAGCUGCAGAGCGCGGCGAUCACCAAAUACAUGGCCGAGGCGCUGCCAGGGAAGAACCAAAGUGCUCUGAGCGCGGCCAGCUGGGCCCGGGAAGUGGUGAUCCAGAGACUGAUCUUUGUGAGAAAUGUGUGUGAGAACGAAGAGCAGCGACUGCUGGAGAAGGUGCACGCGGAGGAGGAGAGGACUCACCAGAGCAUCCUGACCCAGCGAGCUCACUGGACCGAGUCCCUGCAGAAACUGGCUGCCCUCCGCACCUACCUAGUGGACAUGAUCACCAACCUGGAUGACCACGGCCUGGUGCACGUGGAGCAGGAGAUCUUCGAGAGGACAGAGGCAGCGGAGGGAAUCCUGGAGCCGCAGGAAUCCGAGAAGUUAAACUUUAAUCAGAAAUGUGUUCAGAGUCCAUUACUGCACCAGCUGUGGGCCUCUGCUGUUCUCAGCUGUGCCACAGGUUUGGAAGAGGUUCACGUAGAUGAGAAAACUGUCAGCCCCCUGCUGGCCCUGUCUGAAGACAAGAAAACCUUGGCAUUCAGCCCCAAGAAGACAAAGCCCUAUCCAGACUGCCCCGAGCGCUUCGAUCACUGGCCCAACGCCUUGGGCAAUAAGGCCUUCCACAAAGGGACCCACGCCUGGAGGAUCAGCGUGGACAAAAGCUGCGCGUACAAAUUGGGCAUUUCUUAUGGCUCCUUGCAGCGCAAAGGGCCUGGCAACGCAGCUCGGCUGGGCUACAACCCCUUCUCCUGGGUGUUCUCGCGCUAUGAUAAGGAGUUCCGCUUCUCGCACAACAGCCAUCAUCAGGCGGUGGAGUUAGUCAAGUGCCCCGCGCAGGUGGGUGUCCUGGUCGACUUGGAUGGGGGGGAAGUGCUGUUCUACGACCCUACUGCCUGUGUCAUCCUCCACUCGCACCGUGAAGCCUUUACUGCACCCAUCUACCCCGUGUUUGCCGUGGCUGACCAGAGCAUCUCCCUCGUUCAGUGA